AUGUCGGAGAACGAUACGCUCGACGUCGCGUUCGCGGCGAUGCUGGAGCUAUGUCUGGAGCUGGACGAUGACAACGCGACCGCCCAUAUCGCCGUGCGGACUCAGGCUUGCCUAGACCUCUUGAGCCGUGCGCCCGUGGAAUGGGACGCAUCCACCCAAAUGGUGGCGGACCUCUUCACCCUGCCGGAUCCAGAUCCAGACCCAGAUCCAGAUCCAGAUCCGAAUCUACAAUCUAAACCAAACGUGAAUUCGGAAGCGGACUUCGACCCACAAUCGCAGUUGCAGCCUCAGUCACGGCCUCAUGGUGGCGCACAAGGCCCACACGGCAGCUCCCAUAUCUCAGCGGCCGUACGGCACAUGUUCGCUGGUCAGCGGGAACAACUGCUCAGCUGCUUACCCGCAUCGAUUGCCGGUGCCGACGGGUGUGCCGACGGCGGAGGUAGCAGCGGCGGCGGCAGCAGUAGCAUGAGCAGCGGCGGCGGGCCCUCGGCGGCGGCGCUUCUUCAGCGUGUUGGUUUUGUUCUGGAGGCCAAUCCGCGGGAGUUGGCUGUUCAGCUGGUGGAUCAGGCACUGCGACAAAUGGAACGGCGACUAGGCCUGGUGAACCAGCUCUUUAUACGGAGGCUGGAGACGGAGUUAAGGCGACAACAACAGCAGCAGCAGCAGCGUCAGGAGCACUACCGCCAGCAACAGCAGCAACAGCAAUUUCGUGACGCGGCUCCGGAACCAGAAAGCGCCUCACAGGACACCACAGGAUGGCGACGGGAACGGCUCACAGCCACUGCCUCCACGUCUGGCCGACCUUUGGGGCCUAUGCGCCACCCGCCGACGCCGCGCUCGAGCCAGCGGCCGUCCUUGGAAAGCGUCGGCGCAUUGCAAUCAGCAGCACCAACAGCACCAACAGCACCACUACCGCCACCAGCACCAGCAGCGCGGUCAACCGCCGGGGUGUCGGCGGAGCCCGCUGCGACGUCAGACCGCCCGCUGCCUGCAGGCCGCAUCGCCGCUGCGUCGCCGCGAGGAGCGGCGUCCGCGCCGGCGCCGUCACAAGGCGACGAGGGCUCAGCUGGUGCCGACCGGCCGCUGGAGAGCUGCUCUACGGCGGGCGCGGCGGCACUGCUGGUGAGGGCGGCGGUACUGCCGCUGCCCGCUUCGGCACCCACUCCGGUCUUAAGCAGGGCAGCAGGCACGCAGUCAAAAGCCACGACAGCACUCGCGACGGUGGCAGCGUCACCGGAACCGGUGCCGGCGGUGGUGCCGGCGGUGGUGCCGUCGCCGCUACCCCCGGCUGUAGCCAGACUUCACACAGCGGCGUCCCCGGCGUCCGCUGCAGCGGCUACGACGGGAGCUGUAGCGGCGCACUCAAGGGAGGGUUCUGUGCUAGCCGCUGCGACCGCUGCCAACCCGCUUCGUGAUCAGGUUCUUAUCCCAGAGACGGCUCCAGAGUUGGAGGUUGAACCAGAGAUUGCAUUGCAGUCCGCCAGCGGCGCUCCGCCCGGUACGGCAUCGGCCUCUUCUGGCGGCGUCAGCGGCCCCGCGGGUGCUCCUGCAACGACCGCCGGUGCCAGCAGCGCAGGCCAGAAGGGAACGGCGGCGGAGGCGGUGGCGGGGCGGCCGUCGCAGUUAUUGGGGGCGGUUCCGCAGGCCAAACGUGUAGGCCAGCCCGUACACUUCGUACAUACAUACAUACGGAGCGAUGGCACAGGCGGAGGUGCAGGGGGCAAAACCGCCUAUCCUUUGGGGAACUUGGGCCUCAGUCCUCUGCAACCUAGAAAGCCGCUUUCAGGCACCAGCACAGCAGCAGCAGGGGCAACUGGCAGAGCGCUGCCGCCGCCAUCGCCGCCGCCGCCACCGGCGCCACGGCAGCAAUCCGCAGCGGCAGCGGCGGCGGCCCCGCCGGCCCCUUUCCCCGCCGCCGCUGCUCGACUAGCCUCCUUAGCGGCACCCGCCGCUCGCCUCCUUACAUCGCGCCUUACGCCACCCCGAUUGACGAGCAGCGCGCCGCAAGUACCGCCGCCACCGUCACCGUCCACAACGGCGGCGACAGCGACGACAGCAGCGGCGGUGACGGGCGGUUCUGUCCCCAACGCUGCGUACUGCGUAACCACACAGGAAGGGGUUGCUGUGUUACUGUCGGUGGAGCCGCCGCCACAGCGUACGACAUUGUCUGUGCCGCCGCAGCCAUUAAUGCCGCGAGCAUUGGUGCCGUCGCAGUCCGUGGCGUCGGCGUCGGCGGCACCGUCGCAGUGCGCAACGUUCCCUUUGCCCGUACACGGCUCACCGACGCAGCAUGCAUCACAGCAUCUGACGGCAUCGACACCGCUAGCACAACGCACGGCAGUUGCAGUACCUUCACCGCCGCCGCAGAUGGUGGCGCAGCUACCGGCACCGUCCUUUGCCACGGCUCCUCCUUUCGAAGGACCCAUGGGUCAGACGGCCACCGCAACAACGCAGCUGGUCGACGGCUGCGUGGCUGCGUCGACUGCCACCCCAGCCGCUUCCGCGACAAGGGUGUCGUACCUUCCGGCGCUACAGCAGCACAUGACCUGCACCAUGACGGCUCCAAGCCCAGGUUUAGCCAGCGCUCCAAGCUGCUCCGAAACCGGGGGCCCUUCAGGGGCGUUAUCCUGUGAGCUUGCCCCGGGCAAUACUGGUGCCGAUGCCAGCGAAGAUCUUUCAGCUGGUGCAGCAGCAGCAGCAGUAGCAGUAGCAAUAGUGACGGCUGGAGACCCGCCGCGUACCGCCGCUACGAUCCUGCCACCGCAGGGGCUCUUGCUUCCAGAGUCGUCCGCAUGGCCUGCCAUAGCCCCAUCUAGGGAUGAGGCAGCCGGGCGCCUUCUGCAGGCAGCAGCCGGUGCUUGCGCGCCUGAACCGCCGGACCAGUUCCUUGAGGCAGGGCCAGCUGGUGGGGGGGGAGCAGUCCCGGAGCACAUGCACAGGAUCAAGCUCAGUGACCAGCCGACGGGGGACAGCCACAGUCUGCGCUCCGCUUAUCACCCAACGCGUCAGGCAGGCAGCUGCGGUCAGCUUGAGGCGCCCGGUCAGAGAGGCGCCAGCGGUGAGGCUGACUUGGCGGUCCAGCAGGAUGAGCAUGUGCGGUUCGGCACAGGGGAUAGGCAGCCAGUCCUGUCGGGCAUGUGGCGGGGUGAGAUUGACGACCACAUCGAUGGUGUUGCUCUCAGAGACGCAGCGCAUGGCAGUCUGGAUGAGGCUGCCAGUGGGCUCCAGAUCUCUGGUGAUGAUGGCGAUGAUGGCCAUGCUGGUGAUGCUGGUGACGGUAGCGGCAGCGGCGAUCCAGCCGCCGUUAGCUCAGUCCCGCGUGUAGCUGGAGAUGAAGAAGGCGGCAGCGGAGAAGGAGACGUAGCUGUCAGUGGGCGCUGUAUGGGGACCGCCGCAGGCCGCGCUGCCGAGCUGCCACCGCCAACACUUCCACCGUCGGGGGCAAUGACGGGCUCGGCAGGGUGUCCCGUCAUGCGUGGAGCGGAGCCGCCAACGUUUCACCUGGAUCAGCCGCCGAUCGCCACCGUAGCAGCGGCAGCAGCAACAGUAGACGAGUCCUUGGGCAUGGAAGGCGCGGUGGUGGACGUUGCGGAGGAGAAGGGCAUCACGCAGGGGGCGGCAGAGGAAACUCAAACAGCCAUACCCGUAGCGGUGCUAUCUGCACCUGUAGCUGUAGCUACAGCCCCCGCGGGAGAUCGCAGCGGGGGUGAGGAGGGGCUUAAUUCGGACGCGCCGCUGAACGCCGCGUCUGAGGCUCAGGGUGCGGCUAUGGCGGCCGCAAGCCCGUGUGUGGGGGGCGGCGCACCAGCCACAGUCUGCGCCUACGGUGCAUCAGCAACAGCAGCAACAGCAGCAACAGCAGCCUGUGCCACUACUGCUGACCAAGCUGCAGGGACUGCGUCGCCAUCGCCAUCGUCAAAGGUGUCAGGCCUGCCGCCGCUAUUACUUCAGCCCGUGCCUUCGUCACCAGAAUCUCCCCCACAGGACGACCUUCGUAAUGUGCGUCGCCAUGUUGGCGAUCAACAGCUCACCGAGGAACCCCAUGGAAGCUUCCACAGGGGGGAAAACGGUGAUGGUGCUGAGGAGGACGCGGCAGGGCGGCCCAGCAGCUCCUCUCCGGAGAAUAUGGAGGCGACUGCGGUAGCGAAGGCGGUGGCGGCUGCGGUAGCGGAGGCGGCUGCGGUGGCGGCUGCGGUGGCGGCUGCGGAGGUGGCUGCGGAGGUGGCUGCAGAGGCGGUUGCGGAGGCGGAGGCGGUUGCGGAGGCGGAGGCGGUUGCGGAGGCGGAGACGGUUGCGGAGGCGGCUGCGGUAGCGGAGGGGGCUGCGGAGGGGGCUGCGGCUGCGGAGGCGGAGGAGGUAGCGGACGCGGCUGCGGAGGCGGAUGCGGAGGCGGGCUCCUCGGGAGGUGCGGUGGCUCGAAAGACUGUCCCAUCGCCAGGUGGGGUGCUGAGCAAUGAUCAGGAGGGCCUGGACAGGGCGGGACAGCCGCAUGCGGUUUCUUCGGAGCGGCUCAGCCCUGAGAGUGUCUGGGCGGCUGUAGCUCGGGUAGCUGAACCAGGCAGCAGUACUGGUGACUAUAGCGACGGUGAGGGAGGCGGCGUCGAAGUUUGCGGCGGCGGCAUUGCUGCGGAACAGCCUAACCGCAGCGGCACCCGGCUAGCUUCGGAGGCCCGCGAUGAUGUAAGCAGCGCCAGCGACGGCCUCCGUGCUCGUACGGUAGAUAGCAUUAACAGUGGCGACGGCGGCGGCGGCGGCGACGCGACGGCGGUGGCAGCGCAGGCGGUGGCGGGCCUCCUGGCGCUCGUUCUGCCUGCUGGGGGUUCCUCAGCGGUGUACGGCGGCAGCAGCGGCAGCGGCGUGGAGGAUGAGGAGGACAGCUAUGGGCAGCGCGACCAGCAACAGCGCCGACAGCCUCCGCUGCUGCUGCGUGUGCUCCACCCUCCAUGUCAACAGACCCUGGAGGUAGCGGCGGCGAAGGCCACGCAGGCAGACUCUGCGGGGCUGGGGGAUAAAAGGGCGGCGGCGGCGGCGGCGGCGGGGUUAGCCGCGCCGGUGAUGACGGCGAAGCACACGGGUGGCAGCGACGGCCAGCAGGAGCCAGGUGGAAGCGUCGUUCUGCCGGCAAUGAAGCUGGCGCCGCUGGCAGCAGGGGGAGCAGGGGCUGUGCGCAGUGGCCUAGCAGCCGGUGGCCGAGACCCCGUUCCGACGGCGAGGGCAGCUGGAGACUCCAGGAGGUCGGCGUCAGUUGAAGUGGGCACGGGUGCUGCGGCGGCCGAUGUGAACGAGGACGGAGCGGCGGCGGCGGCGGCGGCGGGUGCGGGUGCGAAUCGCUUGCGGUCUUCGCCAGCCGAGGAUGCGGCGCCGGCGGUAGUGGGAGCGACGGCGGCGCCAAGUAUAGCAGCUGCAGAUAUAGGGGCCACCACACCGAUUACACCUCAAAGACAGUUAUCGGCAACCGCAUCAGCAGCCGCACAGGCAGCUGUAGGGCAGCAGGAGCAGCAGCAGCAACAGCAGUUAACUGCAGUACAAAACGCCUUCCAAUUUCAGCCCGGUAGCGUCGUGCAGCAUCAGAGCCCGAGGGGCGCCACGCCAGACGUGCUAUUGCCGCAGAGCCGCACGGCUCCGGAACCUGAGCGGGACCAAGUUCGAGACCUUUGGGCGUCAUGGAAUCCACGGUUGGGAGGCGCUGGUGGGGCGUCGCAGACGCGCGACGCUGAUGACGCCGCCACAAGCUUUAAAGGCAGCCCCAGCGGCAGCCCCAGCGGCAGAGGCGGCGGCUGUAGCGGCGGCAGCCCGGGAGUAGGCGGUGAUAGCCCUUGGGGCACCGACAUUGAGGCGUCUCCGGAACGGAGGAGGAGCCCGACCGCUGCGGCGGUCGGUGGGGUUGCAGUAAUGCGGGGAGGGAGCCUGAGCAUCCGAUCCGAUCCGUGUGGCUCCGGAACCACUGGAGGUACCAGGAGCGGUACCGCCGUUCCGGGACAGGUGGUGGACGAAAGGGAUGUGGCAAUGACGGCUGUUGUUUCGGAGCGGCACGAGGAGCUUUCGGCCGUUUUGCGGGAGGACAGGGAGGACAGGGAGGUUGAGCUGUCGAAGGCAGUUGGCGGGUGUGACGAUGGCACGACCGCGGUGGACAGCUCGGUGCAUUCGGUUGCCCGGAGUCCCCCCAACGGCCUGCUGGCGGUGGAUGACUCGACUGCUGCUGCUGCUGACACGACGAACGAGGCUACUGCUGAUGCUGCUGUUGUUCCUUGGGGGGGGGGAGGAGGAGCGGCGGCGUCGGGUGACGUGGGUGGAGGGAUGGCGGCGGCAUCGCUGCAUGAGGACCUAGAAUCACUGGCAUUGGCGCCGCCUGGAGAGCUGUGUACCGCCAAGUAUGAGGUGGAGCAUGAGGGCAACUCACCCGCCGUUACUUUGGAGGGGACAGCAGCUUCCGGGGACACACCCCGGAUAGCUUCUGGAGCCGUACAAGUACGAGAAGAUGAGGUCACGGAGGAGGUGGUGGUGGUAGUCCGUGGAUCGCCCACCGCCGGUGAGCUGCGCAACGGACCCAUGGGUCCUCGCCAACCGCCGCCGGAGGCUCAUGGCGGUGCGGGGCCGGACAACACCAUGCAGGUCUUCCCCCAGCAGGCGGCGGCUGACGUGGUGGUAGAGGUAGCGGCUUCAGAGGGAGAAUAUUUCCGCCGUGCAGUUGGAAGUGGGGCAGAGAGAGGGCAUGUGCCUGCCGGUCCCCUUCAGUCGAAAGUGGCGGCGGCGGCGGCGGCGGCGUCAAUGGGAAGCGGCGGGGCGCCGGCUGACGUCGUGACUGUACCUGGACCGUCGGCGGACGCCGCGGCUGAUACGUCACUACAACCGGCGGUGAUACCGGCCAUGCAUUUCGCCAAGACGGCUUGCGGAGCCGGUUCAACAGCGCGGAUGGAAGCGCUGAUCGCAAAGCGGCCGCCGCCGGCCGACGUUGUGCCGCUAGCUGAGCCGCUGGCGGCAGAAGCGGAUGUGAAGCACCAAGGGCUCCACCAUCAGAAUCUCCCGCCGCCGCUACCGCCGCCGCCGCCGCCAUCAGCGGCACCUGUCGAGUCGCCUUGCAACGACGAUCCGCCACCAUUCGCGACCGCUGCCGUCUCCCCCGACGGCAACAGGAGCAGUGACUACGGAGAGGCCGACCCAGCCGGCUCUCAGGGCCUGGCGACGCCACCGACGCCACCGACGCCACAGACACCGCAUGUCCAGCUGGCCCUCCCGCAGCCGGGAGUACCAGCUGCCGGCCCCACACGGUCAGCAGCAGCCGCAGCCGCAGCCGCAGCCGCAGCGGGACUGCUGUCCAGGGCGGGAUGCUGUGACUCCGUAUCCUUACCGAAGGGGCCUGAUACAGAGCCAUGCAUGGUACCGUCAUGCGAUCAGCGGGUGCAACAGCUAGCGCAACAAAAGGAACAGGAACCUGGGCGAGCGGAGGAAGGAGAAGGAGGAGGAGGAUGCGAAGGAGAAGGAGGAGGAGGAGGAGGUGAAGGAGCAGGGGAAGCAGGAGGCGAAGGAGAAGGCGGAGGACAGCGCCAGGUCGAGGAGGAGCCGGAGCUGCAGCAGUAUACACUGGAACGGCAGCAGCAGCCGCAACCGUCAUUAGCGCCGCAGCAGCCGCAACCGUCAUUAGCGCCGCAGCAGCCGCUGGGCGAACAGUUGGGCGAGCAGCAGCAGCAGCAACAGCAGCUGGAGCGAUCAGCGCAGGAGCAGGAACGGGACGACGGAGGCGGCUGCCUUCCCACUGCACCGGCAUGUACGGCUCCGGUAUCUUGCCAUGAUGCCGGUGGCGAUGUAGCACUGACGCCCCUGGAGCUUGGCCAGUCCAUGAGCAGCGGCAGCCGCAGCAACAGCCAUCGCCGCCGCCGGGCUUCCGCGGCCGCCCAGCUACAGCCCGCCGCAUUGCUACGUAUCCCCGAUGUGCCACACGUCCGCUCAUGUGCUUCUCCCGGGUCUAGCGACCAGCAGAAGACUCAGCUCGCCUGCGCAGAAGACUCCGUGUCUCGUGCUCGUCCUGGAGACCUUCCUGGAGCUGCUCAACAGCGGUGUGUAAGUGAGCUUGGUGGUGCAUCGCCUGCGGCAGUAGAGGUUGCGGUGGAGCAGGAGGCGUGUGCGGCAGGUGCGCCGACCGGGGCUGCGGUAGCGGCGGCGCCAUCGCCAGCAGUGCUUGACCCGGCGGAGGCGGCGACAGCGGCAGCGGCGGCCAUGGGGGCAGUGGCGCGGCCUGGUAAGGCGUCUGUUGACUCGAGGGCCGGGUCGAGUGGUGCACCCGCGAGCCGUCGAGCUUUGGCCGGGCCCCGGAUUGACGUCCCAGCGGGCGGAGGUCUUCCCGGAGCCGGAGGGAGGCCCGCCGCCGUGUACUGGGACCACAUGGAGGGUACAUGGGGAACCUCUAUGACUACCGCAACCGCCCCGGUGUGUGUGCGGCGGCUGUGUGGCGCUAGCCCGCCAAGUGGGGCUGACGGCGGCGGCGGCGGCGGCGGCGGCAGCUGGGAAGGGGUCCGGGAGCCCCACAGCCCGUCGGGCGCUGACGCCUUCGACUCGGCGGACAGGGUCUUGGGGGUCGGGGGCGAAAGGACAAAAGAAAAGGGCGCCCACACGGUCCUGCGGGUUGCCAUAGCCCGUUCACCUGGUGGUGCGGGGGCAGCUGCCACAGCCGCCACAGGCCCCCCAACCCCACUGUCCUCACAUGCUGCCGCGCCGGUAAUACCCCGACCGGCGUCUGCCGUACCAUCACCGCAGCAGCUGCAUGAAAUGCAACAGCCACCGUCACCAUCACCAUCACCAUCACCAUCAUUAGCAGAUGCAGGCGGCCCGGCGGCGGCCGCCGCACAGCCACCCUUAGCAGGGGCAGCAGCAACAGACAAGCACGAAGAAUAUACCUUUCUUGCCAAAGCUGCGAAGGAAGUCACGCAGCCGUUCGCGCCGGCAGCAGCCAUGAACAACGAGCCAGAGUCCCCUGGCACGGCGGCGGGUCCUCAAGGGCAGCUCCAGAAACGGGAUUCUGUCGUACCCGGCGGCGGCGCUGACGGCCAGCCGCCAGCCGCCUCGGAGUACCAGUCUCUCCGGGACCAUGUGCCCAUCGCGCCACCACAGGACAAGGGCGCAACCGUGCAGUGGAGACUUGAAACCUCAGGGACCGAACCGUUGCUCCAGAACGUGGUUGAUGUGGCGCAGCGUGGUGGAACAGCCCAGCGUCCGGGCUGCAAGAGCCCAUGUACGGGAGCACAGCUCCAGAACCACCCUGCUGUAGCUUCAGACCCGCAGAGUGCAGUGGAUUCGUACGCCAGCGGUGACGCGGAUCGCCGGGUGAAGCGGACGUGCCGCCUGCAUGCCGCCGCCACGGUGACUCACGGGCACUCUGUGGCUUGCACCCUACCGCCGCCGCCGCAGUUGCCGCCACCACAGACGAGUACUACAAACAAUGUAGGCCUCCGAUCCUCCCCCGUCCGAUCUCCAGCGUCCUCCGUCGGCGCCGCCGCGGCCACUGCCGCCACAGCAGUCGCGAGAGCUGUGGAGCGGUCAACGGAACCAGUGACAGCGGCGGCGGCGGCGGCUGCAAGCCGUCUGGGGGACCCUGUGGCGGCGAUGGAACGGCCGGGAGCACCGGCGGCGGUGGCGCAGCGGCCGGCGUCGCCUGCGGCGGCGGCGGAGCAGCCGUCGGCAGCGGCGGCGACCGACCCGCGGACCGGCGCCGCUGCAACCUUGCGGCAGCCGGGCCUUCAGGCUUUGGUGAGAGCUGCCGACGCUGGUAGGACUCCGCGAGGCCGCGGGGAUUUAGGUGCUCAGGCUCACGAGUUGCUGCUACAGAAAGUUCCCGACGGGCCUUACAUGAGCCUGCAGCGGCUACUGGAGCUCGUACUGGGCCUUCGCUGCAGUGUCGUACUGCCACGUUGGGCUACACCUGAGGUGGUGGCUCAGGCGGCGGCGGUGAUGCUGACGCUGCACGAGGCGGUCUGCUGCGGGAAGGUAAGGCUGAGGCUGCAGCAGACCCCCCGGUUUUACGUGGUGAGUCCGGCGGAGGAUCUGCUGGCGGAGUGGGCGGCGGCAGACGCCGCCGCCGACACCGCGGCGGCGGCUCAGCGGCAGCAGGCUGAUGAUGGCGGCGACGGCAGCGGCGGUCGCCGGAGCAUUGUACGAGAACGUGACGAUAUGCAUGUCGCACAUGGGAUGAUGCGUGGACGUGGUGGGUUGGGGCGUCAGCAUGAGGAGGAGGAGAAGGUCCCGCGGUGCUCAGGGGGACUUACGGAGCCGGAGGUAGCGGCAGCGGCGGCGCCGCCACCGCCGCGGCCGUGGGCUGUGCGUUCCGGUAUCGUAUCAGAUAAGCAACCGGUGCGAGAGAAGGAGAAGGAGAAGGGGACGGCGGUUGAGGGUGGAGCGCAGCGCGGGCGUCAGCGGCAACGGCGGCGGCGGCAGCAGCCCAUGCAGCAGCGGCGGUCAGCAGGUGUUGCCGUCGCCGCAGUUGGCGUUGACGGCAACGGCGAAGGCAUUGACGGCAGGCCGCUGAAGCGGCCCCGCCCCGCCGGCUCUUCUCCCUUGGCGCCAACGGCGGCGCGCCCGCUGACCGGGGUGGGGGCAUCAUCUCUACCUCCAUCUCCACAUGAUGCCACGGAUGAGAGACCCACCGUACCGCGCACCGGGUCACUGCCGGCGCCACCGCCACCGCAGCUGCCGCCUGCGCGUCAGGUCACCACAUCUACAUCCGAAGCGCCGCCAUCGCCGCUGGUUCUGCAGCGUAAUACCGUAGAAAAACAGCACCAGCUGCAUCAGCUGCAGCAGGUACAAGCACAGGAGCAACAGCAACCCCCGCGGCCGACAUUGCCUAAGCAGAGCCCCGCAGCUGUCUUACCAGAAGCUCAACAUCCUUCAACUUGCCCCCAUCGUCUCCAUGGUGGCCCACCGGCACGGCAACACCCCGAAGGGCUUAAACCACAUCAACCGCAACAACAACCGCAACAGCAACCGCAACAACAACCGCAACAACAACCGCAACAGCAACCGCAACAACAACCGCAACAACAACCGCAACAACAACCGCAACAACAACCGCAUCCCUCCCUAUUUGUGAGCCCCGCGCGGCGACCCUCGGGACCACCUCCGGCGGAGCAGGGAGGUGGAGACCUUGACCACCAGCACGGCAGUAGUCCCGCUGGGGGCCGCCGGACAGACACGGAUGAGCGGCUGCCGAGGGCCGGUGCAGGGGGGGUGGAGGUACCCUCCUGGACAGCAGCACCAACGGCACCAACGGCACCGGCACCAACGGCACCAACAGCACCGGCAUCGCCACCAGCACCGGCACCAGCACCAGCACCGGCACCAGCACCACCAGGGCAAGGACCACCAGCACCACCGGCACCAGCACCAGUGCUAAGAGCAGGGCAAGGCAUGCUGUGUGCUGGAGGGGGCCCCGUGACUGAGGAGGCGGAGCCAACUGCGACCGGAGUGGUGACGAUGGCCACGGCGGCGGUGGCGCCAACACCGGCGAUGGGGGCCGCAGUGGUGACAGAGGCAGUGAUGACCGAAGCGGCAGCGGUGCACGCGCCGGCGAGGAAAUCCGCUUCGGUGGCGGCGGCGCAGGUGAUGGAGGGCACUUCAAUAGCGAUGGCGGCGGCGGCGGCUGCGGCGGCCGUGAGCCCCCGGAUGGUGCUUGAGGUCACCGCCAAUGCCCCAGGUGCGCUCCGAAAUGCGGUGACACCAUCGCGGCCGGCCGAUAUGGUCGUGGAGGAACUAGCGGGGGAAGUGGAGGCAAGGGAUGAGGCAGUUGUGGGAACUGCAGCCGUACAUUCGCCCUGGCGGAGUGGCCACGUGUUGGAAAGGGUUCCGGAGCGGUUUGGACGGGUGGUCGCUGCUGCUCCUGGCGAUACCAUACGAGCUGCUGCUGCUGCUGCUGCUGCCGCUGCUGCUGUUGGUGGUGGUGGUGGUGGUGGUGGUGGUGGUGCUGUCACAGGCGCUCUUUGGGAAACGGCCGCCUGCGCCCCUUUAGCACGUCUGGUCAGUGUGCUGGCGGCAGCGGAAGUGGUUCCGGAGCUGCAGGUGCCAGGCCCUGAGGUUCCGGAUCUGGCAGGGCCCGGUGGCCCUGAACGGCAGCAGGAGCAGGUGAUGGAGGAUGAGGGCAGGGGGGAGGAGGAGCCAGCGUGUGUGGAUAUGGAUGCGGAUGGUGAGGCGAGCCCGCGUAUGGACUUCUCCUCGCAAAGAAGUGGGGCUGCCGCCUCGAAGGAGGAUGGGGAGGAGGAGGAGGAGGAGGAGGAGGAAGAGGAGGAAGAGGGUGAGGAGGGUGACGACGGCUUCGGGGGCUUCAGCUUGCAUCUGGAUGAGGCGCGACGGGCGCGGGCGAUACUGGAGAGGGAUAAGGUGCGAGCUCUGUUCACCAGGUUGUUGGGCGGUUGGGCUCACCGGGGGGCGUCAGGGGCCCGGGUAUCCUUGUCGACAGGGUGCGGCGGCGGCGACAACGGGAUAGCACAUCACGCUCCGGAACCGCUGACGGCUGCGGCAGCGGCAGAUGCAGCCGGCGCAGCGGCAGAUGCAGCCGGCGCAGCGGCAGAUGCAGCCGGCGCAGCGGCAGAUGCAGCCGCAGGAACAGCCGCAGCCGCGUUGUCCACGGGGGAAAGGAGGAGGACCGCAUCCGAUGCGCCGGCGGCAGCUGCCGUCGCCGCGGCGUCCGCUGCUAGACAGACCGGUGGCGAUGGCGACGCGGGGCUGCGGUUAAGUCGCGGUCGCUCGUCCCGCCAUGACACCGCCGCCACUGUCGAGGAUAGAGCCGGGACUGGGUUGCUGUACAUCUAUCGUCGACACUUAACAACCCAACAGACUGCUCCAGCCAGGCUGACGGAGGCGGCCGGCUCCGCCACUGUCAGUGUCGGCGGCGCCGACGGCGGCUCUGUAACAGAGGCGGCGAGUGGUACGGAACCAGGAGUCGGUCGCCGCCAGGGCCCGGGGGCCGGUAGCGGUAGCGGUAGCGGUAGCGGUAGGGAGGAGGUGUUUGGUGGCGGUUUUCUGGAGCCCAUGAAACAUGGUAAUAGUAAUCGGCCAUGGCGGGCCCGGCGUGGCAACGGCGCCGCCGAUGCUACAGCUGCCAAGCGUGGCAACGACGAUACGAGGGACAUAUCACGGGCAGCAGCAGCCUUUGCACCGUCAGCUCUAAAACCACCUGGCCGGGAGGUGGCGGCGGCGGCGGAGCGGGAGGAGGAAGAACCCAAUCCCGGGGGGAGCUUGCAGGACAGCCCCACGGCUCUAACACCUCCCUGCCCGGAGGGGAUGGAGGAGGGGGAAGACCUUACGACCGGCCCUGAGCGUGAUGACGUUGACGGCGACGACGGCGACGACGGCGACGACGGCGACGGCGACGACGACGGCGCCCCGUCGCACCGACGGGCGCCAGCCGCUGACUUGUUGCUUCGCCGCGCGGUAACGGCAGAAGGUACCCUGGGCCACGAGGGGGCGGCGCCGGUGGCGGCCGGCGGCUCGUCCGCCGCCACCUCGUCCGCCCCAGCCCGUCACCUUCUUCCUCCCAGCGGUCUGUCACCUGAGGAGUUCUUCGCGGACAGUCCCCGCCUGGAGUCAUUGGGUGAUGCAGAUCUGGUGCUGCAGUACGCCGCCCGUGAUCUGGCCUUCAGACAGCGGCUGGGAUCAGGGCCUAAGCAGACGCGCCAGCAGGCGCCGCCGCCGCCACCACCGAAGCCAGCGGGUCCGACCCAUGGGCCGGAGGUCCUCCGCGUCUCGCCUGGCCUGCCCGCCGGAUUAUCAUCCGGCCUCGUCGUACAACUCCUCAAGUCCUUGGACCCAUGGGGCGGUGCAUCGGCGUGUCAGCAGCAGGCGGGCGGUGGGCGGCGCGGGACGGAGGAAGGGACGCAGCAGCAGCAGCAGCAGCAGCAGGAGCAGGAGCCCGUAUCGGUGGAGGCCAUAGGGCCUGUCCCCCCAUUGGGGACCGUGCCACCCUUGCGACAUGUGCCGCCGCCGCCGCCCCAGCAUCAGCAGCAGCAGCAACUGCAGCAGUCAGAGACGGGACAUGCUGGGAUACAGAAAGGGCAUCAACAGCCACAGCCACAGAUACAUCAGGCCGCCGCUGCACAAGCGACGGCAGCGCCACCGCCACCGCCGCCGCCGCACCCACACACACGGCAAGGUGGAGGUGGAGGUGCAGCCGCCGGCAGCGCGGAACGGGAGGUAGCGGGGGGAGCAGCGGCAGGGCGGGCUCGGCAGUUAGUUUGGCUGGGUGGCGGCGGGGAGGGCGGGCAGAGGAGGGAGACAGGCACGACGGGAACUCUGGCGGCAGCGGCGGCUGUAGCGGCAGCGGCGGCGGCGGGCCAUCGUACGGCAGAAGUAGCAGCCGUAGCACCUGAUGGUGUUGGCGUCGCCACUGCUGACGUCAGCACCAAGCUCCCGCCUCUGCGGCAGCAUGCCGAACACCGCCAGCAGGUACGAGCGCCUGAGGCAGCGUCUGGCGACGGUGACGCAAGAGUGCCGUCUCCGCCGCCGCCGCCGCCGCCGCCAGAGGUGGCGCUUAGCCAAAAGCACCAAGCGCUAUCACAGCUACAGCCACAACAGGACGUGGUGGCUCUGCUACUGCGGGCACUGUCCUCCAGUACGGGUGCGGAUCUAGGGGCCCUGGGCGUGGGAACCGUACGGCAGGGCUUGAUUGAGAUUCUAGGACUCACGACGACGACGGCGACGGCGACGGCGACGCCGGCUGGCCAGCCCGGUUCAGCGAGGUGGGACGGACUGGACGCCGGUUGCGGCAACGGUGGCGAGGGAAGCGGCAACGGCGCUGGCGGCGCUGUGGAGGAAGGAGCACAGGAGGCACCACAGCCUGGCGCCAAGAUCCCCCGGUGCCACCCGGGUGCGCCGGGUCCGGGACUGGGAGCGGAGGUGCGGGGGGUUAGGGGGGAGGUGGGAGCUGGCCAAGGUCGGGCACCCGCAGUACCAGCAGCAACGACUGCUGUGCGUGAGGUGGAGAAGGACAUCCACGCUGUGCCGUACAACCAGCCGGACGAUGCUGUAGCGGGAGCCCAGAAGGCGCCAUCUGCGCAGCCGGGAGAGAUUCCCGCGACAGCGGCGGCAAUGCCGUACAGAGGAUCUGAUGGCAUGACGGGCACGAUCCCCCCCCACCCGCACACCCGAGCGCAUCCGCACGCGCCGCCGCCUGGAUAUGCGCCAAUGCACGGCAUGACUUACCCUGCAAUGCCGCACGCCACGCCGUACGCGCCGUACGGACAGCACUUGCACAUGCCGUACAUGGAGUACGCUCCCGAUGGCGUCCAGGACAGCGCGGCUGUCUCGUCUGGCGGUUACUCCAACCAUAUUACCAGACCUCCCGAGCCGCACCCGCUACCGCACCCACAACACGUGCACCAGCACCAGCAUGGGCAGCUGCCGCCGCAGCGGCUGCAGUGGCGGCAGCGUCCGGGUCCUCCACACUCCAGGGAGCGAGGCGCAGUCCCCGACGUCGGAGCCCAGCCGGCGGCCUCCGAGGUAAUCAGCAAUGCAACGGCGGCGGCGGCGGCGUCGCGGAUGCACAACCUGCCGCCCCGGCCGCCGCCGCCACCGCCGCAAACCCACUUCAGGGCCGACGCGGAGGCGGCGAAGGCGGCGGACGAUGGUGCGGCAACUGCAGCGGCAGCGGCGAUGCGGGGUGGCGGUGCUCGGGAGGUGCACCGGGAAGUGUACGUCGACGUUGAGGACGGCGCCGCCGCCACCGCCGACGCCUCGUCUGCCUGGAGCCCUGCCGUACGGCGCCACAGCCGGUCCUCCUGGGCAGCGGAGUACAUGUCGCCCACCGUCAGCACCGUCACUCGCGGUUUCAGCGGCAUCGGCACCGCCGCCGCCAGCGGCGGCGGCGGCGCUGAGCAGUCCGAUGCCGAGCCACCGCCCGCCGGAUAUCAACUCGAGGGCUCUCCGUCAUCGCAACCUCAGUCGAGGGCCGGCUGGCGGCAGGAGGCGCGAGGCGGGCUGCCGUUCCGUGGCACCGAGGACGGAGGCGGCGGUGAAAGACGGCCGCCGGCGGACGCCCCAAAAAGGGACGCGGAGGGGCCUCGUGUGUCGCACCAGCUGGAUGCGCCUGGGGGGGGAGGGCCUCAGGAGAACACGGCGAGACGUGGUCAGUGUGCUGUGGGAACCGCCGCCAACACAAAGCAGCCGCCGCUGGGAGGACGUACGGCAGCAGCAGAUGUGACAACAACGGCGGGUACGGCAGCGGCCGGAGGCGGCAUCACCGCCGCAGCCUCUGCAGCAGCGGCGGCGGAGGCCAGCCGUGGUAGGAGUACGACAGCUCGCAAGCGGCCGCUGUUCGCGGGCGCGGAGAUGGUCCAGGGCGCCUUGAAGUCCUCACUGAAAGCGGCGACGGCGGCUCCGGGCGAAGAACAACAAGUAGCGCUGGAGCAGCCGCUGAAGCGGCCAGCCACGCAACACCAACACCAGCAGCAACACCAACACCAGCAGCAACACCAACACCAGCAGCAACACCAACACCAGCAGCAACACCAACACCAGCAGCAACACCAACACCAGCAGCAACACCAGCAGCAACACCAACACCAGCAGCAACACCAACACCAGCAGCAACAGCCCGCAGCGGCGGCGGUAGCACGGCAGCCAGAGCUACUGCUACCUGCCGCGAAGCGAGCGCGCCGGGUGACCUUUGACGACGCGGCACUUGUCGUACACCAGCGGAGGCGAGAGCACGAUGUGGGGGAAGCUGCGGCUGGCGGGACCACACGCCGAGGCAACGGCAGCGGCAGCGGUUCCGUAACGGCGACGACGGCGGCAGCGGCGCCAGCUGCGGCGACGGCGGUCCCUCGGGCUCAGCGGCACCCCCAGCCGCUGUACAGUCCUGAACCGGCGGCCAAACUGCCGUACACAGUGCGGCCUUUGGUGGCGGCGGUGGCGGCGGGGGGGGAACAGGAUGAGUCACCGGAAGGGGAUGCGGGGAGAUCAACACCGCUUGGCGCCUCGCCCUUUCGUCUGUUCGCGCCGCUGUUGCAGAAUCAGCUACAACCGCAUCGCCAACAGCAUCAGCAGCACAAUGACCACCACCACCAUCAACAACAACAACAACAACAACAACAACAACACCCGCUGCUGGGGCAGCAGCAGCAAGGGGGGCAGCACCGGCUGUCGAAUGUUGGGUCACAGCGGGCGGUGGUGGUCUCUGAUGUGGGGGUCGACGUGGGGGGGGAGAACGUGGAGGGAAGCCGGGCCGCCGCUGCCGCAACACAGGGUGGCGGCGGCGGCGGCGGCGGCGGCGGCGGCGCUACUGCCGGUGGUGGAGGUGGUGGUGGUGGUGCUCUGGCGGCUGCUUCAGGGACGGGAAGGGGGAUGGGCGCUCUACUCUGCCGACAUAGCGGCGAAAGCAACAGCUUGCUUCGUCGAUUGAGAGACGGCCGAACGAGCGUCGCAGCUGCCGCAGAGGCCGCAGCAGUGGGUGUACGGAAAAGGGGCAGCGGCGGUGGCGGUGGCGCUGCCGCCGCACUCCCAGUGCAGCACCGCAUGGCAGAUGGCUACACAGGGUCGAGGAGCAGGAGUCUCCUAGGCGACGCCGACUCUCACGACGGCGGCGGCAUUGGUGAUGCCUGCGGCGGCAGCGGUGGCGGCGGUGGCCUCCGCGGGCUGCUGAACCCCUGGGCCCCACCCCAAGCCCCCCCGGCGCAACACCCCCCAGCAGCGGCACCCACGCACCCUCUAAGCACUGAUGGUACACUUGGUCGAGGAGGAGGGGGGGGUCAGGUCUCUCAUGCAGACGGCAGGGCCGGUGCCACCCCCGCCACCACCACCACCACCGCCACCGCCACCAAGGCCAUGCCGCCACCGCCUGGCAUCUCGGGCCUGGUGCCGCCUCCGCCUCCUGUAGCAGCAGCUUCAGUGGCGGGCAGUCUGGCGCGGAUGGGCACUGCAGCCCCAAUCGACACUAACGGUCUUCGUGUGGCGCGCGUGUCUUGCGCCUGGCGUUGUAUUCCAUUGUAG